GAGAGAGCGAGAGAGAGGGAGAGAGAGGGAGAGAGAGGAAUAGUCGGCUGGGGUGGUCCACACUUAACAAACUGGCUGUUUCCUAAAUACCUCACAGAACACCACCUACGCGCAUUAGUUAAGAUCUGGCUGUUCGGCGGGCGUUGCGGUUUGUUGUCGGCUGGCACACCGUCCUCUUUCCACGCAUUCGCUCUUUACCCCGUGUUUAUUUUUCGACAACUUCCACAAACAUGACUACAGUCUCAUCUCUCUGAUUUGUUGCGUGGGGAUAUUUUCUUGCUCCUCUCACCGUUAGUCCGAUGGCAGAGGAGGGGAUUCGGGACAGAUGCCGCCAGUGGAUAUUCCUUUUAGAAGAAAUGGGACCAAACCUUUGUGACUACAACUACUGUUCUGAACUACCAUUCUGCGGUCAUUUUAUGCAAUCCUCGUCACUCUCUCCGUUCCAAAUUGGUCAGUAAGGUAAGGGUCAAAACAGACAGCGAGGGUCUAAAUGAAGUUGUCCAGCCAUGCAUUGUUCCUGGAAGGCUGUGAUUCUGUUAGCCUUGGCAUCCAUAGCAAUCCAGUACACGGCCAUCAGGACGUUCACGGCCAAGCCCUUUCAGAUCUGCCCCGUCCCCAGCCCCACCAACUGCGGCCUGGGGCCGGACGCGGAGCCCUUUGACCGCACCUGCGAGGAGGGCCCCUACUUCGCCUACAACGCCUCCAGGAAGACCCACAUCCUGGUCCUGGCCACCACGCGUAGCGGCUCCUCUUUCGUGGGCCAGCUCUUCAACCAGCACUCGGACGUCUUCUACCUGUUUGAGCCGCUCUACCACGUGCAGACGGCCCUCAUCCCCCGGCUCUCCCACAGCAAGAACGUGGCCGAGCGGCGGGUGAUGCUGGGGGCCAGCCGCGACCUCCUGCGGAGCCUGUACGACUGCGACCUCUACUUCCUGGAGAGCUACAUCAAGCCGCAGCCGGUGAACCACACCACGGACAAGCUCUUCCGCCGGGGGGCCAGCCGGGCGCUGUGCUCGCCGCCGGUGUGCGACGCCUUCGGCCCCGGCGAGGCCAACGCGGAGGAGGGCGACUGCGUCAAGAAGUGCGCCUCGCUCAACAUGACCCUGGCCGCCGACUCCUGCCGGGAGCGCCGCCACGUGGCCAUCAAGAUCGUGCGGGUGCCGGAGAUCGGCGACCUCCGGGCCCUGGUGGAGGACCCCCGGCUCAACCUGAAGGUGGUCCAGCUGGUGCGCGACCCGCGCGGGAUCCUCUCCUCCAGGAUCGAGACCUUCCGCGACACCUACCGGCUGUGGAGGAUCUGGAGGGCCACGGGCAGGAAGCCGUACAACCUGGACCUGAGCCAGCUGACGGUGGUGUGCGAGGACUUCCUCAACUCGGUCUCCACGGGCCUGAGCAGGCCCCACUGGCUCAAGGGCAAGUACAUGCUGGUGAGGUAUGAGGACCUGGCCAGGAACCCCCUCCGAAAGACCAAGGAGAUCUACGAGUUCCUGGGAAUGUCGAUGGACCAGAACGUGGUCAAGUGGAUACAGACCAACACCAGGGGGAGCAAGGAGCUGUCCGCCAAGCACAAGUACGGCACCGUGAGGGACUCGGCGGCCAACGCCGAGAGCUGGAGGUUGAAACUGUCGUUCGAGAUGGUCGACUACACCCAGAACGUCUGCCAGCAGGUCCUCCGCCAGCUGGGGUACAAAGCCGUCAAGUCUUCGGACGAACUGAAGAACAUGUCCGUCACGCUCAUCCAAGACAGAACUUUUGUACCUUUUUUGUAACGAAAGUGGUUGCGGAUGCCUAUUUUUGAUAUGUUCAUAAAUGUUGCCUUAAUGUCUUUCAGAUUUGCACUAAACUUCCAAAAAAAAAAAAAAACCUUGAUGACGGUCGGGCAGUAUCUUUGUUACUAGGGAAACCGGCACGACGGUGCUAGCCGCAGAUCGGUUUCGAUCCACUGGAUGGAGAACAUGUUUCGCUUCAGGGAUAGGGGUGAACCUUGAAGUGCAGUCCUUUCUUAAGGUCGUUCUAUGCUGGCUGUUGCAUUGACAAAAUUGAAUGUUGCCAUUCCGUCCAUAUGAUGCAAUUGGGCCCACAAUAUGGUCGGAAAAUACAUUUUAACACCUGUGGCUGAAUUACUGAACUGUGCGAGAGCAAGUGUGCAAUAAAAAAGUGAAUAUUGCAUUCA